AUGAAAGCUGCUUUGCAAGGCCGAGUUCGAUGCACUCGGCUGCUUCUAUUGGCCGGAGCUUCGCCCGUCCUGAGAGAUUUCGGCCGGGGAUUAUGUUCGGUGGAAUGGGCCCGUCUGACGGGCCGUACUAAAUGCGCUGAAAUUAUCGACAAGUACAUGGACAAGAUGCAAUUGAAUCCCGGACUGGGAUUGAAAACGUUUCAUCACGGUGGAGUUGUAGCCUCUUCUGAGCCAAGCCUCCAGCAAUUCUCUAAACGCUCAUCGCUCGUCCUCCUCCCAUCGGGCAAAACCAAAGACUCUUGGGUUAAAAAUACGCUGAAAAAAGCCAUUCGAAUUGUAAGCGGUGGAGGAUCGGAUCAAAAUGGAAACAGUAAAGGAUCGACGUUUAGCAUUGCGUCUCAAUUGACGGGCAGUGGAGUCAUGGGCGCCAGUGUUUUAUUGCCAGGCGAUCCGUCUCGAAGAUCUUCCAUGCCCGUCUUGCCUACAAAUAACUCGGGCGGAGCUGCUGGUUUUGUUGCCGAACUGUUUUAUCGACAUCGUUCACAAGGCCGUUCGCAAUCGCAUCAUCCACCGACCUCUUUCAGCGUGCCCAGGAUUCAAGUCUCUUACUGGAACAAUACGGUGGGAGGCAACAUCCCUCCACCGCCGUCCAGCACACCGAAAAUUAUACCGGGCGAAAUGAGACCGCAAACGAGUAGCCGCAACCGGCAACGUUCAAAGAGUUCAACUCGAUCCUGAAAUGUUUUUAAUGGGAAGGUAAAUCUUGAAAAUUGAAAAACAGAUGAUUGUGAGUAAAAUGUGUUGAAAAUAUGUAAUGUGAUGGAUGUCCAUAAACCAAAACAAAACGACAAA